AGUUCCGGUUUUCAACCGCUUGGAUAUCCAGCAGCACUACUGCAAGCAUGACUGGAGGAGGAGAUUCAAAGCCUAUUGAAAAGAAGAAGGAGGAUAAGAAAGGUUUCGAUACCCGAAAAUUCUUGAUUGAUCUCGCCUCGGGAGGAACUGCUGCCGCUGUCUCCAAGACUGCUGUGGCUCCGAUUGAACGUGUCAAGCUUCUUUUGCAAGUACAGGAUGCUUCCCUAACUAUCGCCGCCGAUAAACGUUACAAAGGAAUCGUCGAUGUCCUCGUUCGUGUCCCGAAAGAGCAAGGAUAUGCUGCUCUCUGGAGAGGAAACUUGGCCAAUGUCAUCCGAUACUUCCCAACCCAGGCGCUGAACUUCGCAUUCAAGGAUACAUACAAAAACAUUUUCCAAAAGGGAUUGGACAAGAAGAAGGAUUUUUGGAAGUUCUUCGCCGGGAAUCUCGCUUCUGGUGGAGCUGCCGGAGCAACUUCUCUCUGCUUCGUCUACCCAUUGGAUUUCGCUCGUACCCGCUUGGCUGCUGACGUCGGAAAAGCUAAUGAACGUGAAUUCAAAGGUCUGGCUGAUUGUCUCGUCAAGAUUGCAAAAUCGGAUGGUCCAAUCGGACUCUACAGAGGAUUCUUUGUUUCUGUACAAGGUAUCAUCAUCUACCGUGCCGCUUACUUCGGAAUGUUCGACACUGCCAAGAUGGUAUUCACUGCUGAUGGCAAGAAACUCAACUUCUUCGCCGCCUGGGCUAUUGCUCAAGUCGUCACCGUCGGAUCUGGAAUCAUUUCCUAUCCAUGGGAUACUGUUCGCCGUCGCAUGAUGAUGCAGUCUGGUCGCAAAGAUGUUCUCUACAAGAAUACCUUGGAUUGUGCUGUCAAGAUCAUCAAAAACGAAGGAAUGUCUGCCAUGUUCAAGGGAGCUCUGUCGAAUGUGUUCCGUGGAACUGGUGGAGCACUCGUUCUGGCCAUCUACGAUGAAAUCCAGAAGUUCAUUUAAAGUCUUGAAUUGUUUUUGUAAUUUUAGUAAAAUUAUUUUAAUUGAAAUC